AUGAAGUUCCUCAGCAUCGCCACCGUUGCCUCCAUCCUCUCCACCGUCUCCGCUCUCCCCGUAGCCGAGGCCGACCCACUAUUCGCACGCGUUGAUCGUAGGGACCCUCUGUUUGCUCGUGUGGAUCGUCGUGAUCCUUUGUUUGCUCGUGUCGACCGCCGAGACCCUCUCUUUGCACGGGUAGACAAGCGUGAGGCCGAUCCACUCUUCGCAAGAGUAGACAAACGCGAGGCCGACCCACUCUUCGCAAGAGUAGACAAGCGUGAGGCCGAGGCCGACCCACUCUUCGCUCGAGUAGACAAGCGCGAGGCCGACCCAUUAUUCGCAAGGGUAGACAAGCGCGAGGCCGAAGCCGAUCCUCUUUUUGCCAGGGUUGACAAACGCGAGGCCGAUCCACUUUUCGCUCGUGUGGAUAAGCGUGAUCCUCUCUUCGCCAGAGUGGACAAGCGAUCCCCAGAGCCGGAGCCAGAGCCACUUUUCGCUCGAGUUGACAAGAGAGAUCCUCUCUUUGCUCGUGUCGACAAGAGAGACCCUCUUUUCGCUCGCGUUGACAAGAGAGACCCUCUCUUCGCUCGCGUUGACAAGCGCGAUCCCCUCUUUGCUCGUGUCGACAAGCGAUCUCCUGAGCCAGAGCCAGAGCCGCUCUUUGCUCGUGUUGACUAAAAGAAGGCGAAUGUCAUCAAAUUGGAUGAUUACAGCGGAAUUAGACCGUUAUGAAGCCGGUAAUGGCCAGAAUAUAUGAUAGCACCGACAGAAGGCGUUGUGCUUGGGGAUUGUGUUGGUAGUUGGCUAUGUGAUGCUUGAAAUGAGGAUGCUGUGACUAUGGGCAUUGACGGGGAAUGGAUCGGCCCUCUUCGAUGCAGGGGGAUGGUUAUACUUACACUCUUUGGGAUAUUUAAAGGAUAUUUUUUCUUAGCGUGAUGAAUACUAUGGUGUUUCCUUAGA